CGAGUUGCGUUGUUGCGCAUGCGCAGUGCAGAGAGAAAGAGAGCUUUCUCAGUGAAGAAAUUAGGUGAGGUGUGCAGGCGCAGUCGCAGUGACCACUUAGACGAUGGAAGAGCAACAAGCGGGCCAAGUUCAUGGCCAAAUCCAAGAUCGCAAAAUGAUGAACGUCAUGCUGAAUCCUUAUUUCCUUGUGCCACAAUUGAUAGUUCUCGGGUUUGCGCCCAUCAUUCUAGCCAAUCUGAAAAUGCUCGUAAUGAAAGCUCUAAUGAUGAACCAGAUGGCCCUAUCAGCUGCUGUUUUUAUGACCAUCCGAAACAUGGUUUUUGGACCCAGCACUGGACCCGAGAUAAAAUACGUCAAUUAUGGAUAUCCGCCGGCCCCCAACUCCCGUCAUAAGAGAGCAACGUCUAAUCGACCUAGGUGACAUACUGAAACUGGAGACAAAGAAAGAAAAUUGAACAUUUCAACGAAGAUUCAACAUUGAAAUACUUCAAUUAUAGCUCUCAAAUUUGCUCAAUCCAUGUAUAUAGCUAUUUAUUUAUUUAUUUUUAUCAAUUUUCAUUCCAUGAAUAGUAGUUUAUUAUGAAAUGUUUUUUGUAUUAGUAUAGCACAAUGAGAAUUGUCUUUUUUUGAAAAAGGGUAAUCUACACAGAUUUCUAUUUUUAUUCAUACAAUGAGAAUAUUCAUGAAAUUCAGUUUUAUUUUUAUCAACUCACUUUCCAUGAAUAUUUUAUUCUUGAAUGUAUUUUAGAAUUAGUAUAGUACAACGAAUCUUCAUGAAAUUCAGGUUUAAAGCUAUGCAAAGUGAAGUAUUAAAUUUAACUCCCCUACAGAGAAUUUCACAGCUUCUUUUGCUGUAUAAUAAUAAAUCAUUUAUUGUUAUUAGCAAAAUUUCAUUCAUACAAUUUUCGUUGUCAAUCAUUAAACAGAUGAUGUCAAACAUUUGUGUCAAGUUCCGUUUAAUCUGGUAGAAUUAAGGACGGCAAAAAAGUGAUCGUCCAAAAAUGUAACUGGUUUUACUGCUUAAUAUGAAGCUAAACUUCUUGGAGAAAAGUAAUUGCUUUACUUGAAAUUAAAUGUUUCCGUAAUAAAUAAAUUGUUGAGUAGAUAAAUGUAAUCAUUAAUAUCUUCUUCAAAUACUUGAAUACCUUUAUGUAGCCUAUGACUCAUUUACUGAAUAACAUGCCAGCAAAAAAAAACGGUUUGAACAAUUGAUUUUAUUUUCACAAAAAAAAAAACACACAAUUGGGAGAGGAAACGAGGUAUACCUUGUACUAUUAUUUCUGUUUCAAAUUCAAGUGAAGGUUUAAAAUAGGGUAAUCAGUUUUGAAAUCAAUUACAAAGAAUUCAAAUGAGCAAUCAUGUAUUACCAGUUCCCAAUUUUAUCAUUCAUAACUACGAUAUAACUUGACAAAACCUUGUUCAGAAAUUCCUGUUCAAUGGUCAUUAUUUGACAAAGUAAUUUAUUAUUAUAUGUGAAUCUAUUCCUUCAGAUGACAAUUUGGAAAGGAUAUUUAUUGCUAGCUUACAAAUAGAAAAGGCAUUGAACAAUAGCCUCACUCAA